AUGAGUGAGGAACUCGAGCGGGACUACGAGAUCGGGGAGGAGAUCGGGCGCGGCCGCUUCGGCGUCGUCCGCCGCUGCGCGUCCCGCUCCUCCGGCGACCUCUACGCCGUCAAGUCGGUCGACCGCUCGCGCCUCGCCGACGACCUGGACCGCGGCCUGGCCGAGCUGGAGCCCAAGCUGGCGCAGCUGGCCGCCGCGGGCAACCCGGGCGUCGUGCAGGUGCACGCGGUGUACGAGGACGAGGCGUGGACGCACGUGGUGGUGGCGGGGGACGAGUACGGGGAGAAGGCGGACGUGUGGAGCGCCGGGGUGGUCCUCUACGUGCUCCUCACCGGCGGCGCGCUGCCCUUCAGCGGCGAGACGGCGUCGGACGUGUUCGCGGCCGUGCUGCGCGGGAGCCCCCGGUUCCCGCCGCGGCUGUUCGCCGGGGUGUCGCCGCUGGCCAAGGACCUGAUGCGGCGCAUGAUGUGCCGCGACGUCUCCCGGAGGUUCUCCGCGGAGCAAGUCCUCCGGCACCCGUGGAUCGUGAGCGGAGGGGGCGCCCGAGAGGCGGUGCAGCCGACCUGA